UCAUGUUGUGGCGGGUGAAGAUUUGGACGCUGGAGAUUCAGGAGGAACUGCGGGUAUUGAGAAGAAUUUGGAAGAUAUUACGGAGGGUCAACAGAGUAGGGGAGACCCUCAAACCUUCACGGAUCAGCUGGAAGGCAAGGAUGCAGAGUCUCUAGCCUCUCUGGCUGCUGAUGAAGACCAGAAUGAGC